UUGUUUGACUUGACACACCAACCAAUUCGCAGCGGCAAUACGGCCAUUAGGCAAAAAAGUGAGAGACGAAUAAAAGUGCGAAAUUUCUUCAUAACAUUUCUUAAUUUUUUGCUUGCAAAUUGCAAAAUUACGUUUUGCUAAUAGUGUGAACGAGAACGGAUAAAUAAAGAGUUUUAAUAACGUUCAUUGAAUAGUGUGCGCGUGUAUUGGAUAGGCAAAUAUAUUAUAUUUUGCAGAGCUUGUGCUGAAUCGACAAGUUCUUCGCUUUGCUUAUUUUUUAUCACUAAAUGUGCAAGUCUAUUUUCUUUUAAUCUAUAAUAAAAAGUAUCAGAUACACUCUUCCAAUUGUAAUAAUAUUGUUUUGUGUGUUUUCGCUGCAAUUAUAAAAGAAGUCAUACCAAUGUGAUUGUGGAUACAAAGAUAGUAAUAAUAAUUUUGUGUGGAAUGUUUGACAUUCAAUUAUUACUUUAUUUAAACGCAGUUUACUACGAAAAAAUGUACACUAUUUAAAAGUUAUAUAUGUUGGUUAUUCAUUUAAAUACAAUAUUGUGAGGAAGAAUAUAAAUUGUAAAACGAAACGAAAGCGUGAAAAGAUGACUUCAACUACUAAUAGAAAUGAUACAACAACGAGUAUUUGUGACAGCGAUAAUGUGGGAAGCACCAAAACGGCAGGUAAUGCCAACGGGAACGGCAGCGGCACCAUAGAAGCUGAGUAUAAUAGAAUUGCUGAUCGACAAGGCUGGCAUAGGUGCUACCAGGAAAUUCGUGAUCACUGUGAACGUGAAGCUAGUGAAAAACAAUUUGGCACUAUUGAAUCGGAGAAACCUUACAAUCGCUGCCUAAACAGAUACAGGGACGUAAACCCGUACGACCACUCUCGUAUCAUCAUCCAUAGGGGCAGUGUAGACUACAUAAAUGCAAACCUUGUUCAGCUGGAACAUGCCGAUCGCAAAUAUAUUUUAACACAAGGACCUCUAGUCGACACCGUCGGGCACUUUUGGCUAAUGGUUUGGGAACAAAAUACCAAAGCCAUUCUAAUGUUAAACAAAUUAAUGGAAAAGAAACAAGUUAAAUGUCAUCACUAUUGGCCGGACAGAAAGGGUCCUGAUAAUGCGUUAAGAUUAAAAGAAGUUGAUUUAACCGUGGAGUUUCUUCGUUGCGAAGAAUAUCAGAACUUCUGUCGAAGAUGGUUCAAGUUAACAGAUCUGGAGGCAAACACCAGCCGUGAAAUAUUACAAUUCCACUACACAACAUGGCCAGACUUUGGCAUUCCUAGUUCGCCAGUAGCGUUUCUACAGUUUCUAAAACAAGUGCGUGACUCAGGAGCACUCGAUGCCGAUGUGGGGCCAGCAGUUGUGCAUUGCAGUGCCGGUAUUGGCCGUUCUGGUACAUUUUGUUUAGUUGACUGCUGUUUAGUUUUGAUCGAAAAGGAAGGCGAAUCGAAUGUUUCUGUGCAGGAUGUUCUUUUUGAGCUGCGCAGAUAUCGCAUGGGCUUAAUACAGACUGCAGAUCAAUUAUUUUUCUCUUAUCAAGCAAUUAUAGAGGGUAUUAAAUUGCUCAAAGAUCCAGAAUUUCUAAAUUACAAGGAGACUCCAAUUACCAGCAGUAGCAGUGCACAUGAGCAGUAUGCUACAGAUGUAAUAGCUAGUGGCGAUGUUCCACCACCGUUGCCACCACGCACACAUUCCCUAACACUGCCAAUGGCCUGUUGUAGCCCUGCCGGUUCAUUAACGUUGAACCUACACGGUAAACCAUUACCAAAAAUACCAGCCAGCGAAAGUUUUAACGAAGAAUUAUACGCUCUCACCGACAAUGCAAAUCACACCAGCAAGGAUGCAUUGAAUAAUUUCAUAAACAAUGAAAAAACAGAAGAUAGUUUGUCGAAUAGACCGCUGCCACCUUUACCACAACAGCCUCAAUUCACUCAAGCCUCAUUGGAUCGUGUAUAUGAAUCAGAGAGUGAUGAAAAUGAAUGUUACGAAAAUGAUGAAAGUGAAGACGAUAAUGAUGAGAAAAUUAAAGAACAAAGUGAUGACAAUUUGGACGAUAUGAAAAACGCUAACGCUGUCCAUGAACGGAGUAUAAGAAGUGAACGGGCUAGCGGCGGUGGUGGCGGUGGUGGCGGGAGCGGGAGCGUCUUUAAUGAACAAUUGGACGAAGUUAAGUUAAACGGCACCGAUGUUUCAAAAAGUAACUCAAACACCGUAGGUCCCGAAAAUGAGUUGAAGCGGCGAAAACGUGCCGAAAGACAGGCGAAUAUCGAGCACAAGGUGAACGAGAUCAAGCGAAAGCAACGAGAAACCGAAGAGAGCAAACAUGCGGCGAAGAAACGAAGGUCAUUAAUUACCUAUAUUGCGGCGGGUGUUGUUGUGGGUGUGAUUUGUGUGUAUGCAUAUUCGAAACUAGCCUAAAGCAAAACAAGAGUUGCAAAUAAUGGUAAAUACAACUGAGCGGCGUAAAGGUCGCAGUCAGCAUCAAUUGAUAGUUAACUUUGUGUAGCGCACAUGCUCUAAAGCGCUCCAUCAUUUACAUAUACAAUAACGCUCUCGCCAAUAAUAUCGAUAACAAUGCGAAUAUGUUAUUAUUUAGAAUAUUUAAUGUUGAUUGAAUUAAUCAAAGUUAAUAUUUUGCAUGUAAUUGAGACGCAGAUUAUCCAAAUACAUUAAUUCAUUCAUAAAUUAACCACAAAUAGUAUAUAGUUAUCUACAUAAGUUGAAUAAGAUGGAAAAUCUAGAACCAAAUUUGUAAAAUGUUUACUUUGACUUACUUUCCAAUGCAUUUGCAUAAUAAACAUUUUUCUCCUUUAUUGACAUAAAUACCUAGAGCUCUAUAUUUUAACGUUGGUUUCAGUUAUUUACAUCCACAACACGCACAAGAAACCACACCCUAUGCACCUAAAAUUCAUACAUUCUGGCAUAUUUUUACAUAUAUUAUUUUUUUUUUAUAAGUCUCAGCCAAUUUAUUUUCAUAUUUUGCAAUCUAACUACAAAAACCAAUUGCUAAACAUGUAUAUGAUUAUUUGUAGAACCCUUUAAAUUCAAGACAGCUAUCUUUUGACCUUGGACCAAACUAUUUAUAACAAAGAAAUUCAAGUCGAGCGUCGAGCGCCCAAAAUGUGUCUUGCACACUUCCUAUUAUUUUGACCAAUCCUGUAGAAUUUCUUCUUACUGGUUUAAGGCCAAUAGUUGUUAGUAUGAGUUUAAAUAAAAAUUUAAGGUUUACAAAAUAGCAAAAUAAUUUCAGCUCGAUUUGUAUAUGUAAUUAACCGCAAUAGACUGAGAAUAUGUAUAACAAAAACUAGAACAAAUUACAUCUUUGUAAAUAUUUACAAUUCAUAACAUUAUAAAAAUAAUAGAAAACAUAAGAUGCGUAGUUCUAAGUUAAGAAAUGCCACACUUUUCUUUCUAAUUGCACCAGAUGUUUCGGAAGAAUUUUCUUAAAUUUCUACGGCAUUUUUAUUUUGAGUAAUCCAUAAUUGUCCGAGUUUUUUUUUUUUAUUAAAUAUUGCCAAAAGCUACAGAUAUCAAAAUAAUUGGAAAUUUGUCAGAACUGUAUUAAAUGUUUGAAAAUUGGAGCUAAACAAUUGCAAUUUUUUCUUUGUAUAUUAAUAACUAAUGCUAAUAACGUUCAACCGUGUACAGACAUAAUCAUUGUGCUGCAAUGUUGUCAACUGUUGUUGCGAAGUCUUCUGAGGACAAUCCUUAACUGGAUAGGAAGUCCAAAUUUCGUACGCUUACAGAGACCCUACUGUUAACGUUGUUCUAAAAUAUUGAAAUGAGACUUUAUCAUUUGGCGUGAAUAGCUCUAAUAACCAUAUAAGCACGUGAAUCCCAAUGAAUAGACAAUGCUGACUCCGAAUGCUGCAAGCGUAUGUUAUGUAUUCAAAAUAGAGUAUUAGAGCAGUCUUCGAUUCGCAAUUUCUCCGUUCGCUUGUCUCUUGCUCUCUCCUCAAAAAAUUUACAUGUAAAAGCAACAACAAAGUUAUCGAGUUGAAUUCGGGUAAGAGACUAUGUGGAUAGCUCACUGAAGUGGUAUAGCCGCUAUUUUCAGUGCUUCGAGUUUUGAUCUGUUUUACUAUUGUGAAUGGUUCAAAUGGCAAAUGAAAAUACAAUGAAAUUCAAUUAUAGUAAUUUAUAAAAAACCAAAAUAAAGGGUUACCGCAACGUUUUUUAACACGAAAAAAAUGUAUCCACUAAGAAAGAAUUAUAACAUUAUUGCGUCUGCGUCAGAAGACGUGUUAGCGCAGGGUUGUAUCACAAGUGCUGAUCUUUUUUUUGGAGCAUCUGGUAUACUUGGUCGAUUCAAUAGAGAGUAACGCUUGGCGAAUCGAAGACAGCUAUUGUUAAUUCAGAUUGAACGGCUUCUCACAACUAAUAAAAGGAAGGAAAGAGCGAAAAAAGAGAGGCUUAA